AUGGAUUUGAGCAGCAAACCCGGAGAGAACAUGCUGUGGGGAGGUCGAUUCACCGGCGGCCUCGACCCUCUCAUGGUAGCUUACAAUGAGAGUAUCCACUUCGACAAGCAUCUGUUCAAGCAAGACAUCCUGGGCAGCAUCGCCUUCGCGCGGGCCAACCAGAAGGGCGGCAUCCUGACCGCCGACGAGUUCAGCAAGAUAGAGGCGGGCCUGCGGGAGGUGAUGAAGGAGUGGGAGGACGGGUCCUUCAAGAUCGUGCCGGGCGUUGACGAGGACAUCCACACCGCCAACGAGCGCCGGCUGGGCGAGAUCAUCGGCAAGGACGUGGCGGGCAAGCUGCACACGGGCCGCAGCCGCAACGAGCAGGUGGCGUGCGACAUGCGCAUGUGGCUGCGCGACGAGCUGCGCAAGAUCGACGCGCACCUCGUGACCUUCCUCCAGAUCACGACGGACCGCGCCGAGCGCGAGGUCGCGCACGUCAUGCCGGGGUACACGCACCUGCAGCGGGCGCAGCCGAUCCGCUGGAGCCACUGGGUCAUGUCGUACGGGCUGGCGUUCGCGACAGAUCUAGAGCGGCUGCGCGAGACGGUGCGGCGCGUCAACCGGUCCCCCCUGGGCUGCGGCGCCCUCGCCGGAAACCCGUUCGGCAUCGACCGCGACAUGAUGGCGCGCGAGCUGGGCUUCGAGGGCCUGCUGUGGAACUCGAUGGGCGGCGUGGCGGACCGCGACUUCGUGGCCGAAGAACUACAAUGGGCCGCCAUGCUGAUGCAGCACGUGUCGCGCUGGGCCGAGGACCUGAUCAUCUACAGCACGGCCGAGUUCGGCUUCGUGCGCCUGGCCGACGCCUACUCGACGGGCUCCUCGCUGAUGCCGCAGAAGAAGAACCCCGACAGCCUCGAGCUGCUGCGCGGCAAGAGCGGCCGCGUCCUCGGCCAGAUGUGCGGCUUCAUGACCACCCUCAAGGGCCUGCCCAGCACCUACAACAAGGACCUGCAGGAGAGCUGGGAGGUCAUGCUCGACUCCGUCAAGACCGUCAGCGACAGCAUCCAGAUCGCCACCGGCGUGCUGGCCACUCUCGAGAUCAAACCAGAGAAGAUGCGCGCAGCCCUCGACCCCUUCAUGCUGGCCACCGACAUCGCCGACUACCUCGUGCGCAAGGGCGUGCCCUUCCGCGAGACGCACCACAUCUCGGGCCGUGUCGUCGCCCUGUCCGAGCAGACCGGCACCCCGAUGAACGAGCUCACCUACGACCAGCUCAAGUCGGUCGACGCCCGCUUCGACAAGGACAUCGCCGACUACUUCGACUACGAGCGCAGUGUCGAGAUGCGCUCCGCCAAGGGCGGCACCAGCAAGGCCUGCGUACUGGAGCAGAUCGCCGUCAUGCGGCAGAUGCUGAAGUCGAAAUCCACCUAG